UUCCUUAGAAUUUUUAUGGAUUCAAAGAGAUUUUUAGCGCCUCUUUGGCGAUUUGUCACUUUAACCAAUUCUCCCUCUUCUUCAAAAACAGCGCCGGCUCCGGCUAUGGUUUCUGCAUCUCCAACAGCUCCAAUUCCACAGCAACAAUCAAAACCUAGCAUUACUGGUCAGCAGGAGGCACAGGCAGGACAAGGACAGAGGACACGUAAAGCAAGCAGUACAAGCAAUUUUUUGGCCUCUCUUGCUUCAUCUAUUUACGGCUCUUCUACCCCAUCUGGUGGUACAGGCUCAAGCCACACACAGUCAUUUAGCAUUCAAGGGGAUAUUGAUGCUACUCAACAACGAAAUUCUCCACUUCCAUCAUUAAGCUCAAUUGGCAGUGAUGCAACUUUAAAUAGAAAAAUGUCAACAGCUAGUCAAAAAGUACGAACAAGGGAAGACGUUAUUUAUGAAGGUUUUUAUUUUGAAAUUAAAGUUUUAUCUAAAUUUUUAGGUUGGUUAUUAAAACGUGGAGAGCACAUCAAAAAUUGGCGUCAACGUUAUUUUGUUCUUUUCAAAGAUGGCUCACUUUUAGGCUACAAAUCAAAACCAAUCGAUUCCUAUAAUGAUCCUUUAAAUGAUUUUACUGUAAAAGAUUUAAUGAAAUUAGACCGUCCAAAGCCAAAUACAAUACUUGUUAGAGGCCUCCAAUGGACUACAGUUAUUGAAAGAAUGUUUUGUGCUGAAACACCCGAUCAGCGUGAUUGUUGGAUAAAUGCAAUAAAAUCGGUGGCAGAAAAUUUAAAACGCGAAGAAUUACUUCAUGGAGGAGUUCAGGACCAAGAAAUGAUGGAUGUCUCUCAAUUACCCCAAGCAAUGGAUCCAACCCAAUAUCCGUGGACUUAUCAACCAACUCCCCCUAUGUUUGAUCCUCAACAACAUCAACAAUUUGAGAAUGGUUAUAUGCCUGGAUUGCAAGGAUUUGGAGGAAUUCCAAACCAAUUCCAUACAACUGUGGCGGCUGCUGGUGCUGCACAGCAAAAACAAUUACUUCAUGAGGCAAUGGUUAAGGCGCAAGCAGCGGCAAAUGCUGCGGCGAUGGCUACAAGUUCAGGGGGUAAUGUGUGCGCUGAAGCUGUUGCUGCUGCAGAGAAGGCUGCUGCUGAAUUGAAAAAACCAGAGGGACAGAAAACGCGAAGCAGAAUUACAUUGGAUGACUUUGAGUUCUUAAAAGUCCUUGGAAAGGGAACUUUUGGUAAAGUAAUCCUCUGCCGUGAAAAGAGAACAAGUCGUCUUUAUGCAAUCAAAAUUUUGAAGAAAGAAGUUAUAAUACAAAAAGAUGAGGUUGCCCAUACUUUAACUGAAAAUCGUGUACUUCAACGUUGUAAACAUCCAUUCCUUACUGAAUUAACCUAUUCCUUCCAAACAAGUGACAGACUUUGUUUUGUUAUGGAAUUUGCAAUUGGUGGAGAUUUAUAUUAUCAUUUAAAUAGACAAGUUGGGAAAUAUAAAGAAGGAUUUUCUGAAAGUAGAACACGUUUUUAUGGAGCAGAAAUUGUUUUGGCUUUGGGUUAUCUUCAUGAUAAUAAUAUUGUUUAUAGAGAUUUAAAGUUGGAAAAUUUAUUACUUGACAGAGACGGACAUAUUAAAAUUGCUGAUUUUGGUCUUUGCAAGGAAGAUAUUUCAUUUAGUGGACGAACUCGAACAUUUUGUGGGACUCCAGAAUAUUUGGCACCCGAAGUUUUGGAAGAAAAUGAUUAUGGACGUUCUGUUGAUUGGUGGGGAGUUGGUGUUGUUAUGUACGAAAUGAUGUGUGGGCGUUUACCUUUUUACUCAAAAGAGCAUGAAAAAUUAUUUGAAAUGAUUUUGCAAUGUUCAUUACGUUUUCCAUCACGUUUAUCACCGGAAGCCAAAGUUCUCCUUUCUGGUUUAUUAGUAAAAGAUCCAAAUAAACGUUUGGGUGGAGGUCCAGAUGAUUAUCGAGAAAUCCAAGCAACGGCUUUUUUUAAGCCUAUUGACUGGGAAAAACUUUACAGAAAAGAAAUUGAGCCGCCAUUUAAGCCUCAACUUUCUUCUGAAUCUGACACUUCUUAUUUUGAUUCGGAAUUUACUCGAGAAGCUGUUCAAUUAACCCCUCCAGCAGUCCGUAAUGGUCCUUUAGAUACUUUAGAUGAAAUGGAUGAAAUUCAAAAUAAUUUUGUUCAAUUUUCAUUCCAUCAUGGAGAAUUAGGGUCGUCACUUCGUGAAAACAGUGAAAUAAUGGAAGAGUAA